AUGCAGUUGCAGACGUCUCAAGACAACGUUCUCCACGAACUGGGCGAUCCGGUUCUCGCUUCGCAGGAUAACAAUACCACAGCGGCAUUUGCGGAACCAUACCAGGAUUCGUUCACACAGGACCUGUUCGCCAGUAUGGAUGGCGUCGAGUUUGACUUUCCAUGGGACGACACUCGGAUGUUGAGCUCCUUUUUGCCCAACGUGCCGUUCGAAAGCCUCCAGGACGAGGAGGCGAACCCGCUAGCCGGUACAAGAACGCGGCAUUGGGAGAGUUUACCAAACCCCCCAACCCAGCCGGAACCGCUAGAGACCGGGUCAGAGUCGGAACUGGCGUCGAGGUUGCCCUCGAUGGAGCCCGAGAGACCCGAAGUCAUGCCUCUGCGCGUUGCUCCAAAACACGACCAUGACCGCGGGUCACAACAACCCCAAGAACAGAGACAGGUUCACUCAGUCCGGCCGUGGAAGAUUUCUCCUGAAGACUACACCCGAAUACUGGGAACCUUUGCCGGAAUCCGCGCCGCAUUACCCCCUUCUUUCUCUCUUCCGUCCAAGUACACGCUGUCUCGCUGUCUUGAAGGCUACUUCCGCGGGUUCGCCAUCCAUCUGCCUUUCCUACACGCCGUCACCUUCUCCGCCGCGUCCACCGCCCCGGAGCUUCUCCUCGCUCUGUCCGCCAUCGGAGCCUUGUAUCGAUUUGAGCCUGCCCUGGCGUAUGGGCUCUACGACGUCGCACAGUCUCUGAUCACCUGGCACAUGAGGCAACGGACCCGUCCCGCCCUGGAUCGACUGACCAACGACCAGCAGCAAAAGCCCACGACACCAAGGUCGUCUACGGGGUUCGCUACCUUUCCCAGCUCGACUCCGGAUGCAUCCGAGACAUGCACAGAUGGCGGUGCUCUCCAGAUGCUGCAAGCCAUGAUCGUACUCAUGGCGAUGGCAUCGUGGGGCGAUCAGGACCUUACACGAGACGCCCUCUCCAUGUCCAGCCAGGUCGCCAUGCUGGCCCGCGAGUUGAAGAUAUCCGAUCUCGAAACACCUCCGGUCCCAAACCAGUCAUGGGAAGAGGGCUUACAGCACGAGAAGCGCCGCAGGACACUUUUCGCCGCCUUCAGUCUUCUUAAUCUGCAGUCCGUCGCCUUCAACGUGCCGCCGCUGCUUUUGAAUCAGGAGAUCGCCAUCAACCUCCCGGGCUGCGCGUCGAGCUGGCAAGCGCCCAACGCCGCCGAGUGGUCUACGUUGCAGGACACGCACAUGCCGCCGAGGCCGUUCCAGGAAAAGCUCAACGAGCUGCUCGCGGGAGGGCGCAUCCACCACGAAGCCGCGCUCUCGUCUUUUGGCAACUACGCCCUCGUACACGGUCUCCUGCAGCAGGUCUUGUUGACUCGACAGGCGUCCGGAUCCUUCGUCGACGGGGACGGCUCGUUGUGCAAUACCUUUGUCGAGACCAUGCAUCGUGCAUUCCACGCUUGGCAGGAAUCCUGGGAGGCGACGUACGAGUCCACGACGGACCCCUCGUCCCCCAAGGGGCCUCUGGGAUUCAACGCAACCGCCAUCCUUCGCUUGGCCUACAUACGACUGCAUACCAACUCUGGCUCCGGCCGACACCUGAUCCUUACGCAAGAGAGAGCGACAGAGGCCUUUUGUGCUAAGCGCGUUAUCAGGGCCACCGACAGGUCGAGUCGCCUGGACCAAGCCGUCCUGCAGUGUAUCCAUGCCCUAAGCAUACCCGUCAGGGUCGGCGUCGCGUUUGUGGCGCGCACCCAGACGAUGAACUGGAGCGUCGAGCACGCCCUGAGCAACCUGGAAUGCGCCGUCUUUCUGGCCCAGUGGCUUCUUGUCGUGUCCGAGUGCGUCGAGGCGUCCGGCCUCGACACGAUGCGGCUUGAUGAGCGCAGGCUGGUAAAUACGGCCAGGAGCUUGGUGCGGGAAACGGAACUUCGGGGCCAUGUGGACGAGAAAGGCCAGAGCCAUGUCGUUCAGGUCAGAAACCUGGCCGGCUUGACAGUGCAGUUGUGGGCGCAGAUAUUCAGUGGCCACCACGUGUUCGACGCCGUUCGACUGGUUAGUAGUCAGUUGUCACAAUUAGCUGGCACUCUACAAAGUCAGUAG